GAAAGCCAAAAGAAAAGAGUUGUUAGGAAACAUGUACACUGUAUGUAUAUAUAUGACUGUUGCUCUAGAUCCUGAAUCAGUCUACCAGAACUUUUGAAGCCUUCUGAAGCUCCCAUCAGUUUCCAGCAUCACCAUGCGAGCUAUUGUAUUGUUGUGUCUGUUGGAAGUGGCGUUCGCCAAGCCUGAUUUUACCUGGGGCGGAAACACAGACACUGGAGAAGGUGGAGAACCCAACAAAGGACAUGUUUGUGUUACGGACCAGGCGACGUGUGGCUGCUGUUUGAUGCAGCAACAGAUACACAGGAUGAAGGAGUUUUUUAACAUGAGUCUUGGCGAGCUGGAGAAGGAACUGAUGAAAACAAAAACGGUCCUCAACAACGUCAGAGCCAGCCGCAGCGCCUUCUCCGUCGCUCUGACCAAUGACGACAGUUUGAAAUGCUUUGGUCCUUUCCGUGACGAUAGACUCAUCGUCUACAAACACGUCUUCAUCAACCUGGGAGGCGGCUACAGUGUGGACACUGGUGUCUUCACUGCUCCCCGCUCCGGUGUCUACAGCCUCGCCCUCACCGUCUACAGUGAUGCCGGCUCUCCUGGCAACACCUUGGCUGCCUGUGCUGGCCUGAUGGUUAAUAGUAAGUUGGUGGCAGGACCCAGUGAAAGAAACAUGCAAGACCAAGAGGACAGUGCCACCAUUGUUGUGGCCCUUCACCUGAAGGCUGGGGACAAGGUGGCGGUCAACCUGCCCAUCGGAUGUUUCCUCUGUGACGACAAGAGCCACUAUAACACUUUCACUGGCUUCCUGCUGUAUGCUACUGACUAAGUUAGGGAAAGGUAGCAGCUUUGGGUUUCUUUACUCUAAAGACAAGGUUUGAAUCUAUUGCAUAAAAUCUUUCUGAAGUGACAGUCAUACAUUGAACCCUCUAAUCUUAUACACUCUGUCAUCCUCACACAGUGCUCUAGUCUUUAUUAUCCUUGUUUUGUUUCGUCAUACCCACCAACCCUGUGUCCAGUGUUAUCUUUAUUUUUUUAAGCAUUAGAAAUCUAAUUAUAAUCUUGCAUGUAACUACUGUCCAUAUUCUAGCCUAUUCACACCUGACUAUUGUCAUGCACAGUACUUUUCUCCUCGUCAUUUUUCAGACUGAUUCUAUGUAGUGGAAAUAUGAGAUCUAUAAAAUUACAAGAAAAUAAAUGUGGAUUUUGAAAAAAUUACAA